AAAAAACAGUUACACCCAUCAUUAAUUUUCCUUUCUCUAGAACCUUAAUCAUUCAUACUUGUACCCAAAACCAACAUUUUUCUUGAACUUUUCUUCCCAAAAAUUUUGAACAACAUGAAGCAAUUACACAAACAAACACAUACAAAUCAAAGAAGAGAUGAAGAAAUGCCCAACAAUCAAACACCACCAUACUCACCUAAAUCACACAAACAACAAUCAUUAUCCACCAGAAGACCCUUAAACUACAUCUUCAACGAACAACGCUUUCUUUUCAUCCUCAUUGGAAUCAUGAUCGGUUCGAUCAUAUUCAUAUUCCAACCGUCGUUAUCCACCAUCACCACCACCACCACGACCACAACAUACCAUAUCAAUUCCCAUGUAAUCCCAAUGCCUAGAUCAAUGUCAAUCACCCACCGCGAAAGAACCACCAUUCAACGCCCUCCAACCGUCCCACUUCCUGUUGGUAUCCCCCGGAGGAGGAUGCGGACGGUGGUGACAGGUGGGGCAGGGUUUGUGGGUAGCCAUUUGGUUGAUGUGUUAAUGGCUAGAGGGGAUGAAGUUAUUGUGAUUGAUAAUUUUUUUACUGGGAGGAAAGAAAAUGUGGCCCAUCAUUUGGAUAAUCCUAGGUUUGAAUUAAUAAGACAUGAUGUUGUUCAACCUAUUUUAUUGGAGGUUGAUCAGAUUUAUCAUUUAGCUUGUCCUGCUUCUCCUGUUCAUUACAAAUACAAUCCUGUCAAGACCAUCAUAUCCUUUUAUGAAUCUUUCUUGUUAUUAUUCUUAAAGACAAAUGUGAUUGGCACAAUGAACAUGCUCGGACUCGCCAAAAGAAUCAAGGCAAGGUUCUUGAUCACAAGUACUAGCGAGGUUUAUGGUGACCCGCUUGAGCAUCCUCAAAAGGAAUCAUAUUGGGGACAUGUGAAUCCAAUAGGUGUUAGAAGUUGCUACGAUGAAGGGAAAAGAACAGCCGAAACAUUAACAAUGGACUAUAGUCGAAAUGAAGGUGUCGAGGUUCGGAUUGCGCGCAUUUUUAACACAUAUGGUCCUCGAAUGUGUCUAGAUGAUGGUCGUGUCGUUAGCAACUUUGUCUCACAGGCCCUUCGCAAACAACCAAUGACCGUUUAUGGUGAUGGAAAGCAAACCCGAAGCUUUCAGUACGUCUCAGAUCUGGUUGAUGGACUCAUGGCACUCAUGGAAGGCGAGCACAUCGGACCUUUCAACUUGGGCAAUCCGGGAGAGUUCACCAUGUUAGAGCUCGCUCAGGUGGUGAAAGAAACUAUUGAUCCAAAUGCAACAAUAGAAUUCAAAAAGAACACUGCUGAUGAUCCUCAAAAAAGGAAACCGGACAUUAGUAAAGCCAAAGAGUUGCUAAACUGGGAACCCAAGAUACAACUCAGAGACGGUCUGCCACGAAUGGCAUUAGAUUUCAAAAAUCGAAUUUUGAAACAAGAAGACGGGGAUAUUGAUAAAUAAGACCGAAACCAAUAGAUUCGACAACAUCUAUCUACGCAUUUGUUUUACUUUUAGUUGUGAUAUACAGCAUGGUCGCGAUGCCAUUCUUCCUCUAGAUACAGAGGUUAGAAUAGCGCAAUAGGCGUUAGAUUUUUUGUUUCGCGGGUCUUUUUUGACUCGAGCCCUAUUGUGGGUUGGUGUAACGGCUUGUUGCACUUACAGUUACUAGAUCAGGAUGUACAACUCA